AUGAUUCCAGCAUCUGCGAUUCACACUGCUGCUCGAGGUAGCCAAAAACUGACUGCCAAAAGUUUAACAUCCUCUUCUUCCGCAACCAUUCGUUCAAUCGUUCCGCAUCGUCUGUUGCAUCAUGAACUGGAAAUGCAUUCGAAAUCUAGCCCGAGACACUUUCAACGCAAAACGGACAGACCGUGUUCACGUUUGGGCACGCUGUGCUUAAACAAUGAUUUGCGUUCUGAAGAACAAGCAUCUUUUGUCGAAUCAUGCGAACAGUGCACCGACUCUUUGGAACUGCAUGCUCCGGGUUGA